AUGAAUGCUGCCGCGCUCAUUGCAUUUGGACGCAGCGUGCAAAAGGCUUUUGGUACCAGUGCGGGCAUCUGGUAUGCUCUAUUCCAGGCGAGCCAGUUUCACGUCAUUUACUAUGCAUCGCGAACACUGCCCAAUAUGUUCGCGUUGAUUUUCAGUAAGUACUGCAUAGAGCAUCGCGAGUCAGAUGCUAACAUAGCCCAAGGCAAUCUCGCUUUGCGCAGUACACUCAUAGCGACAACUGCGCCAUGGCACGCGGCGAAAGGAUACCGCUUAAGCCUCUAUCUACUCACAAUCGCUGGUAUAGUGUUUAGAUCUGAGCUUGCCAUUCUAGUCUACACCCUUACGAUAUACCUUUUCGCCACGAAAAGCGUCUCGAUCACAAAGGUCAUCAUCCCUGCUGGUCUGGGUGGGCUCGUCAUCGGCCUUCUCUGCACUGUACCUCUGGACUCCUUCAUGUGGCAAUCUUUCCCACUGUGGCCUGAGUGGGUUGCAUUCUACUACAAUACCAUCCAGGGCCAUUCGGCUGACUGGGGUGUUUCGCCCUGGCAUUAUUACUUCGUCAAUGCCUUGCCACGCUUACUUCUCAACCCUGCGACUUACCUAUUAUGCAUACCCGUCGCAGUAAUGAACUUCGCCACUAGGCAGCGGAGUCUUGAUCUGCUUGUCCCAUCCUUGGCUUUCGUAGCGUUGUACAGCUUCCUACCACACAAAGAAUGGCGCUUCAUCAUCUACGUUAUACCAGCCUUCACUGGUGUAGCUGCAGCCGGAGCAUCAUGGAUCUGGAACCGAAGAGCAAAAUCAAUCAUAUACGCCGUCCUAAGCCUGGCCCUAGUAGCAUCAGUUCUUGUCUCGUUCGCAGCAUCCACCGCCAUCCUCGCACUAUCCAGCCUCAACUACCCUGGCGGCACCGCACUGCACAUUCUCCACCACAAAUUCGAGCAUCCCGCCCAUCCCCAUUUCAACGUCUACUUCGACAAUCUCGCGUGUCAGACCGGUGUCACACGCUUCCUGGAGAGUCACAGGGGCGCCCAGACUAUUCUAGAUGUCUUGGAGUCGCAAGACAUGCAUUCCAAGCGCGUCUGGACGUACGAAAAGACCGAGGACCCUUCUGCCGUGCUUGAUCCUAUGUUCUGGGCCUCGUUUGAUUACGUGCUCGCUGAACGGCCGGACAAGGUUAUUGGUAGUUGGGCGGUUGCACAUGUUGUAUAUGGGUUUGGUGGCGUGCGCAUACUGAAACCUGGUCAAAAGAGCGGCUCGGCAGUCGAGGAUGUGUAUAAGGGAAACUAUGCUGUUGUUGCACCGAAGCACUGGACGGAUAAAAUUGCGGAGAGGUGGAAUACAGCGGAAAGAGUGCUGAGGCAGAAGGUGUUGCGGGGUUAUUGGGUUGAGGUGAAGAUGGAGCCUAAGAUACACAUCCUUGUCAAUCAGUAUGCUAUUUAG